AUCAGACAAAAACCAGUACACGUGUCAUGAAAAUAAAAUAAUUUGUGUUUAUCUCUCUACAAUUUUUCAUUUUAUCUUUCAUUUACAGAGGCUUGUAAUAGUCGAACUGUUCCACGACCAAAACCAACACCUGCCCCACAAACACCCACAACAACGCCAAGACCAAACAUUACAUUCCAAACCUUUAAAUGUCCGCCAGAAUAUGCAACGUGGUAUUGUCUAAACGGAGCGACCUGCUUUACUGUGAAAAUCGGAAAAGAAGUUCUCUACAAUUGCGAAUGCCCUGAUGGUUAUAUUGGACCUCGCUGUGACUAUAAAGAUCUCGAUGGUUCUUAUUUAGCUGGUAGACCUCGUGUAAUGCUUGAAACAGCAAGUAUCGCCGGUGGUGCUGUUGCUGCAUUAUUUCUCUCAAUCGUUGUGUUCUUUUUUGUGUAUGUCCGAUGGCAUCAAAACAAAAAGCGAGAACAAAAUGAAGAAGAAAGCUUUCAGCAACCUCAAAAUGGUCAGACAAAUGGCCAUCAGAAUCUUGGAGCAGAUGUCGUCGAUGGACCUUGCACAUCGUCAUGCUGCUGUCAACAGUCACAAGUGUAUUUUAGUAGUCAAUUAAGUAGCAACGUAACAAAUGCAACGAAUGGUGAUAACAGCAACUUGCAACAUCCACAACAGCAACAAUUCCAAGCAGUGUCACACGCUCAUCAUCAUCAUCACCACCCACCACCUAGACGACCAUUUGGACCACACCAUUACCAACCAGUUUCAAUGAGUGAAGUGAUUUUGAGAAGUUAGAUGUUGACACGUCUUCGAAGACGAUAAAAGAAAAACUAAAUCGGUGACGAUAAUUAAAGAAUUUCAAUUGACGAUUCAAAAACUAAAAAGAAAAUUAAAAAUAUUAAAAACAAGAAUUCCAAAUACAAAAACAAAGAAAUUAACGUAGACAUAAAAGAACCAAGAUAUUUAAUUUAUUUCAUUUGCCUUUUUUGCGGACUUUUCACGUUCGAUAC